GGACGAGUGAUAAAAAAAAAGAAAACUUGAAAAGAAAAAAUAAUGGAAGCUAAUAAAAUAAUAUAAAAAUAUUGGAAAGUAUUUAUUGAGUGUAUUUAGUGUUUUAAUGAAAAGAAAACCCGACAAUGGCAUGGUCGGUAGAAGUUGUGCGCUCCUUUUUUUUACGAAGUGCUUUUUGUGAUUUUUGUUUUUCGGAAAUCUGACGUGAAAAAAAGUGCUUGUGUUGUAUUCCGAUGAUCCCCCGAAUUUUCUUCUACGGCCUUAUAUGCAACUUCUGAUGAUCCAAUGCACCCUUCAAUGGUUCGUUGAGUUCAGUUGCACAAAUUGCUUCGGACAAAGGACGACGGCAACAGCGACAGUCACACAUACAAUAUGUCGGUGUGAUACGGUCCCCGGAGAAAAGCCAAUCCAGGAGAUGACCAUCAUGGAUGGUGGUAGUAGCAGUGGGGGUGUAUGGCAGCAACAACAACAACAACAGAUGCAGCAACAGCAGCAGCAACAACAACAGCAAAACCAACAGCAAACGCCACAACACCAUCAUCAUUAUCAUCAUCAUCAGCAGCAGCAGCAACAACAGCAGCAGAAUCAAUUCGGUAGCAAUGGAUGUUCGCCCUCGAUUGGGUCGUCGACUUCUGGUGGCACAGGGCAGUUUCCGGCUUCGUUCCCGGACAGCUUCAAAGACUUUUUCGCCAUGCUCAACGAGGAGGACGACCACGUGGAUGUGUUUUCCAACAUACUGGAGGAUAAGGACAUCCCCCGCAGCACCAAGUGCCGCUACAAUCGGUCUUCCAACGCUGUCGCGGCUGCUUCCGGCAGCGGCGCAUCAACAUUCACCGGAGGCCCGGCUCCCCAUUCCGCCUCGUCCUACAGUGGAAAUCGAUCGUUCGGACUGGGCUUUGCAACCGGUAACACCAAUUACAACUUUGGCCGAUCUAGCUCGUUCCGGCUGAACCGGAACAAACCUGCCUAUGCCGAUCAUCGGCCUCCAUCGGCUACCCUUGGAUUUCCUUCGUUCGGAACCAGCAGUAACCAGCAGCAACAGCAGCAGCAAUUAUUAAUCAACAACAUUCGGAAUCAGUUGGGUGGGUCGGGGAGUGAUUUGGGAUUCAGUGGAAGUGGGGGUAAUAAUGAAGAAGAUAAAGCGAUGAAGAAUUUGAGUUUGAUCAAAAGUGCCAUAGUGGAUCGGUCGCCAUCGUCGUCGGCGCUAGUGGGGAUUGUCGGUAGUGGAGGGGGUGGUUUAACAGUGUCGGGUUUUCCAGGUCCCGGAGGUACUGGUGGUAUUAAUCGGUCCAAGUCCAAUUCCAAAAUCGACGAUCGAUCGCCUACUUCGUUCGAGAUGAAGAACUUCGAGUACGGGACGAAGGCGAGUGGUAGUGGAGCCGGGCGGAGUUAUAAGAUCAGUGAGAACAGCGACGAAAUCGAGGAGGACACCUUGAGCUCCGGCAAUGCCAACAGUGCCGGCAGUAAAACCCUCUCGUCAAAGAUGACAAAAACAACCACCUCCUACUGCUUCAUGCGACACCACCAGCAACAACAACAACAGCAGCAGCAACAACAAUCGCAGCAGCCCCCUUCGAUGAAGCCACAUCACAGCAGAAACAAUUCAUUAAGGGUGCACCGUUCGACGGCGGCUCAGGGUGGAUCAAUCUCCCCGUCCCCGUCGACGGCGUCAGUCUUCAAUCAAUGUGUCAAUAAAGCCAACCUGAGUGGCUCCUGUUCUUCCUUCUCCACCGCGCUCAACGUUGCCACGGCUGCCAACUGUGCCUCCUGUGGCAACUGUCUGCCACUGAGCGGAAGCUGCUGUUGUUCGACGCAGGAUUACCUGCAGCACCAAAAGUCACCCAUUUUCAACCGUAGACGGUCGUCCUCGAUAAGCGUGGCCCGGCCCACCCCGGACCUGUAUCGGUUCCUGAAGACGGAGGCCCCGCCGCAGCAGCCUCUGUCGCCCGGUGCGAGAUUCGAGCCUCGCGAUAAAUUCCCCCAGCUCGCGGCCAACUGCAAAGGAAGCACGCUCGCCUCCUCCACGUCCACCCUGUCCACCCUGGUGGAAAGCGUCAGCGGUGUCAGCACCAGCACUGCCGAGGGAGGCAUCGUCGAUCCCCUUCUAGUCACCACGGAUCCCGACACCAUCGAAGCCAUCGGACAGCCGGAAAGCACCCCUCACAACAGCACCGGAAGUGGCCCUCCAAAUGGCAAACUGCAGCAGCUCAAUUUUAACUUCGGCACCAUGGCGCCACCAGAUGGCGCAUGUGGCCAUCUAUCAUCGUCACCGUCCACGUCGCGACUGAAACAUGGCGGAGCGGAUGGGUCCGCCGGGACCACUCCCCACGGCAAGUCGGGUCGCUUUCAGAACGAGGAAAACGACGGAAACUUCAGCAAUCAACAGCAACAGCCACCGUAUCACCACCACCAUCCGCUGGGGCAACCGUCGGCACAUCGCACCGUCAGCAUCAGCACCACGGCCAUCGUGUGCGGCGGAAGGGAUGGCAGCAGAACACCGGUGCCAACGGGGACCGGCCCAGGGGGCGGCGGCGGACCGGGAUCAACCGACUCGACGCGCCAGCGAAUGCGAACCUCCAGCAUGCCGGUCGAAAAUCGUAAGCCUCGAUUGGCGGAUACACGACGAUCGGCUAUCCACUGCGCCGAUAUGGACCUGGAGUACUACAGAUUGCGGAGUUUCAGCAUUACAUCGCACGGGAUUUGCAACCUUGGUGAUUCAAUGCGAAGUCGUCGAUCACGAUCGAUCAACUCGGUAACCUCAGCCGGCUCCGGUGGGACCAAGGAUCGCAAGGGUAGCAGCGGUUCGCAGAAGCAGGACGUUCAUAUGGCUUCGGCUUCACGGGAUAAUAGUGAGGAUCAUCUUGAAGGCGGUGAGAAGGAAAAGAUACCGGCUUUCAAGGUGGCCAUGUUGGGCGCUUCAGGGGUGGGUAAGACGGCGUUGACCUACCAGUUCACUACCUCGGAGUAUAUCUGCGCUUAUGAUUUAAGUCUUGAUGACGAUUAUGGUCAGAAAACUGUGUCGGUGCUGCUGGAUGGACAGGAGACUGAUCUGGAGAUCAUUGAUCACCCUGCGUGCGAGAUGUCGGAGGAAGCAUUUUGCUCGACGUACCACAUUGACAUCUUCGUCGUAGUCUACUCGGUUGUGGACAGAGGAUCAUUGAAAAAGGCCGAAAAGAUCCUACACUACCUCAAGGAUUCGGAAAUGUUGCUCACCCGCGGAGUCAUUUUGGUCGGUACAAAACUGACCUCGAGCGUCAGCGUGAAGUUCCUACGCAUGCCGCCCGGCGGCUUGCCAAAGAAAUUGGUGCCAAGUUCAUCGAAACCUCCAGUGGCAUGGACUACAAUGUGGACGAGCUGCUCGUCGGCAUCGUGGCCCAAGUGAAACUGAACCCUCAACGAAUCAACCGGCUUUCGGACAAGCAGCGUAACAGCAUAGCCGGUUCUAUAGUUCCUCCGGUCAAAACGCCCAUCAAGGGUCGCAAGAUGGCCAUGUCGAUGCGAGAACUUCCUGCCAGAGACGCCACCAGCC